AUUCUUGCGUCUGUCUGAUCUUUGCUUGGCUGACUGGUUGCUUUCUUGGAUUUAGCCGUGGUGUGCCGCCACUGCCACCGUCACCGCCACCGUUGGUAUCCUCGCACCUGAUGCCCGCUUGGCUCUUUUGUCACACCAUCGAAUGUAUGCAAGUGUCUGUGAGAGUGAGCUGCUCUUCAAGAAUACCAUGAUAUAACGUUCGGUGCUGGAAAUCAACCGUAAAAGUCAAUCUUCCUUUCUGUCGAGGACAGCAUUGCCGUCCCGUGCACGAUGAGCGUGGUCAAUAAAUGCGCGAGAUGCGAAAAGUCCGUGUAUCCGACCGAAGAGCUGAAAUGUCUGGACAAAGUAUGGCACAAGAUCUGCUUCAAGUGCCAAGAGUGCGGAAUGACGCUCAACAUGAAAACCUACAAAGGGUUCAAUAAACGUCCGUAUUGUAACGCGCACACUCCCGUGGCUAAGCAUACCACGGUGGCCGAUACACCGGAAGCGAGAAGGCUAGCGGAAAACACGAAAAUUCAGAGCCAAGUCAAGUAUCACGAAGAGUUCGAGAGAAAUAUGAAAGGCAAAGCUACGCAGAUGGCAGACGAUCCGGAGCUCCAACGAUUGAAACAGACCUCGAAAAUAAUCAGCAAUGUGGAAUAUCACCGCGAAGUUGAGAAGAAACAAGACAUGGAGAACAGGCGACGCUUUGUCGAUGGUGGUCUACCCGGAGAAAAUGAGAAAUCGCACGAGGAGAGCGGCGUUGCGCUCCAUCAAUUGAAUGAUGUCCUGGCGGGAAUCAAUGUAUCGGAAUCAAGGAAUUCGUCAACGACGAUGAGAGAAAUCGGCUAUUCGAGCGAUUCCUCUUCUCAAUCCUUGCGCCAGAGGACCGCAGCGAUAGCCCAGCAGAACGCGAACGCGUCGAGCCGCUAUUCGGAAGCGUACAAGCUCGCCCAAGAUGCCGUGGCCGCGAAUCCGAAUUCUGAUAGGAUGCGCAAUCCGGACGUGAAUAGCAACAACGUCCGACACAACAGUCAAUACGUGCAGAAUUCACAGUCGUACCAAUCCGUUGGCGUCAAUCAAUCCGCGAUAAUGACUCAAGGACAACAAGGUUACUCCCGACAGAGUUCCCAGUUGCUCCAUUCCCAGAAACCGCACUCCCAGACUCAAUCGACGCCAUCACAAGGACAGAAACAGCCAACUCAACCUGUCAUGCACCCGAAUCCGAAUGCUCACUACUACAUGGCGGGCGCACCAACGCAGAUGGCGGGACAAUUCGUUCGGCCUCCGUAUAACGCCCCUGCAGCUCCUUACUCUCAAAAUAUCGUUGCCAUGAGACCUCAACUACAACAGCAGCAGCAACAACAACAACAGCUGCAACAACAGCCAGGUGCCAUGCGACCAUCGUCGAGUCAGCAAGCCGCAGCUUAUGCAGCUGCGCAACAACAGCACAAGGGCGGCAUGUACGCCGGACCGCCGAGAGGUUACGCGCAGCAGGGCGCGCCAUACCAUCAACAACAGCUCCAACAGCAACAACAACAACAAAUGCAGCAGCAUUUGCAACAACAACAAAUGCUCCAACAACAACAACAAAACCUCGCCAUGAGAAGCGGGCAGCAGAUGUAUCCCCAACAAAUUGUUUCGCCGUUCCAGCAACUCCCUGGGAAGUUCCAAGCCAUUUACGAUUACACCGCUCAGGACGCGGACGAAGUGUCGUUUUCCGAUGGCGACUUGAUUGUUGAAUGCGCCAGAGUGGAUGACGGUUGGAUGUUCGGGAGAGUCAGCAGGACUGGUCUGAAAGGCAUGAUACCAUCCAACUAUGUGGUGCCCGUCUAGCAUAUUCGGCUGAUCCGUACCCCUGUACAAACGAUGAUUUUCGACGGAAUCCUCGGAAAACGAUAGAAGCCAAUCAAAACUCGAUCGUCGACUCGAUUGUGAAUGAUCGUUCGCCGCAGAAAGAACCAGUAUACUCAACGAGAGGCCAUUCUUGCUUGUGACACUCUGCCAUGGGUUUAGUUGGAGAACCGCGCUGUUGUGAUUGUAUUAAGUGUGACGUGGUUUAUCUAUAAGCGAUCUGAAAACUCAUUGUAUCUCUGAGGAAGUACUCCAUGUUCUCCUCGAUCGGAUGCUCAUCCAAUCGGUCGGCUCUCCGGCGGGAUGCAGAAAAACGAGGGGAUCGGUUCGGAAGGUCGAGAAUACAUUUCUUUGCUCACGCAUUCAAGGCAUCUGCAACAUCUGUUGCGCGAAACUUUCUGGUGGGGCCCACUCGGAAUGAAGCUUCCAGCGGCCGAGAAUUGAUAUCUCGUAGAAUAUCUUCGGUCGUAGGUUGCUGGUGCUGCUCAUUGUAUGUAUAUCGGAUUCGUCGUAUCGUUGAAGGUGCUGCCCCUGCCCCCUCCAUUUCUCUUGGACCUUGCCGGCAUCGCAAUGACAAAUCAGCAUGAAUAUCGCAGCCUGGAGCAGUGUCGAAGCUGCUUAAAUUGUACAUACGUUCACGAAUUAUCGGUCGAAGAGGUGCACUAAAACGAGCAAUUACACGAGUGCCAAGUUGCCACGGUGAACAUUUGGCGUCAUUUACUCUAGACGGCGAACUCUUCAGAAUACCACAAGUAUUGAUGAGGUAAUCGGAGCGUGGAUGGUAUAAUAUAUACGAGAAUUCUGGAGUGACCCGGAGGAUCCGCAUAGUGAACAAAUAAACGGAAGCUAUAUCCAACUGAUAAGUU